AUGGGUUGUGCAAAGUUCUACGGGUCGAAGAGCACACCCAUAGAAAAGUUAAGAGAUUUUACCAAUUUGACGGAAGGUUUCUACGAGCUCAAUCUUUACCUAUAUGUUGACAUAUUAAAUAUGCAUCCAUCAUCUGCAAUUCUUGCACAACACAAAGAAAACUUACUACUAAAAAUGCAAGGCAUGAAACUCAAGAUCCCGAAAUUUUCAGAUUUAGAGCAGCCAUCAUCAGCUCGAAUAGUUGUUUCGAUUGAUGAUCUAUUGAUGGAAAUUCUUUUACGCGUACCUGUAAGAUCCCUUCUCUGUUUCAAAACCGUAUCCAAACGUUGGCUUUCAAUCAUUACUCAUCCACAUUUCUCUGUCCUCUGUCAACCCAAUCCAAAUCGCGCAGUAGGCCUUUUCUUGACCUGUCCUUAUUCUCUUCCAGCAAAACCCCAGUUCGAUUAUGUUCAUUUUGAUAAGAAAAAUCCCCCAAAACCACCAUUUAAGAAUCUCAAAUUCAUUAAAGACUCUUCUGGUAUUAGUGUUCUGCAAUCUUGCAAUGGACUAAUGCUCUGUUCCAACUCCCCUUCGCGUCUAGCUAAAACAAAUUACUAUGUUUGCAACCCCACUACGAAACAUUACACAGCACUUCCAAAAUCAGUUCUUGAAACUGAAAAUUCUAAAAUUCAUGGUAUAAGCUUAGCUUUUGAUCCUGCCAAGUCUCCUCAUUACAAAGUAAUAUGUGUUCGCGAUUCUGUUUCGUCUCCUCAACAUUAUCAGAUUGAAAUCUACUCAUCUCAAACAGGGACAUGGAGACUAUCAGGUGAUCCAUUCAUUGCUGAUGUUAAUUUCUCCAAAGGGGUUUAUUGGAAUGGAUCAAUUUACUGGAUUAGUACUAUUGGAAACUUGACUUGUUUAUAUUACAAUCUUGAUUUUGAGAGGUUAGGGGUAAUGCCAAUGCCGCAUUUUCCAGAUGAUCAAGGAACAACUAUAACAUAUUUUGGUGAAUCUUGUGGCCAUUUGCACCUCACAAAAAUUUCAUUCUACACAAUUCGAUUUGAUGUAUACGAGAUGAGAAGGGAUGAUUUUGAAUGGUUUGUUAAGUACAAGGUUGAUUUUGAACAUCCUGAGCAUGAGUUGACUUAUUGUAAUUUUACGAUAUUAUCUCUGGUUCGAGGUAAACGAGAAGAGGAUGCAUUUUUGGUUCUGGCAGUUGUUAAUGAUGAUAAGGUAAUGAAGUACAAUCUUAUAAACAAGACCUUUGAGAAAUUCUGUGAUUAUGAUGUUGAAGAUGAACAAGUUUUUUAUUGUAGUACAAUUGGUGCUUUUGAGUAUAUUGAGUCUUUGUGUUGUGUUUGAAUCAUUUGCAUUUGUAUUUGCAUUCCUCUUGUAUUAGUGAACUCAUAAAAUUGUUUGUUUUCAUAUGUUAUAUUUGUUUUUUGAGUAUAGUGCAUCUUCAUGUUGCCUAUAGUUUCGUGUAU